AUGGAGACUCUUGCCGCAGUGGCCAAGGAGGAACCAAUCACUCCAGGUACCCACUCGUCUUAUCCCCAUGAACUGGGGGCCGAGUGGCAUGACCUCACCACGGCACCACUCGCGUGCAACCCCACGAGAUCGCAACUGAAGCACAUCGUGCCCAGGAUAUCCAGAGCUACGCAUCUGUUGAUAUCUCCCCGGGGCAACUUCAGGUUGGCCAGAAGCGGGACCGCGAGGCGACUCGAUCGAUUGGCUGACGUCGCCAUCCCAAUGGUCUUGACGUCAGUGAACACCGACCCCAGAAACAAGCGACGCCGAGACCGAGACCGAACUCCUCGCGGCCGUCGAGCCCACCAAGUAAUCGAGUUACGUCUGCCCGUUCAUACUGCCCGACCGGACCGUGGUACCGAUUCUCAGGCCCUCAACACGUUCGUUGUAUCUCUCGAGAACGAUGAGGAUGACCAGCAGCGACGAUCUGUUCGCCUCAAUCGUGCUCGUUAG